CACUUAUCAAUUGAAAUUCGGAGCUCCAAUUAACAUAUAAAUGGGUCGGUCUCGGGCUGUUCAUCAAUCCACCGAUGAUGAUCCAACCCAAAGGUCUAAGAGAAAAAGGGCAGCACCUAAUGUGGAGAAUUUUGAUACUGCAGCUGCUGGUAUGAUCUUUGAGAUUAACCAUGGGGUAAUUAGCACCCUUGUGAAUGAGAAUCAUUUACAAGAAACAGGAUCCCUGCAAUGCUAUUUUCCCUCAAGAUCUUCCCUCAGUUUAAAGAAACUUGUAUUUGACUUGUAAACGUGGAUACGUUUAACUAUUUACUCCAUCUGUAUCAAAAGGAUACUCUUACUUUUGAUUGAAGAGGAAAGUUUUGCGACAUUUUGUAUGACCCAAAAAACCUUCAUGGGACCCCCUUUUUCGCUUCCCAAGGAAAGUUCUGCUACAUUUUGUAUGACACAAAAUUUUCUGUCAUGGGGACUCCCUUUUUUCUCUUUUAAAUACAACUUUUUUGCUUGAUUUUUCUCUCAAAGAAGCACAAGAUCCAACACAAGACCAAACAUGUUUCUUCAAUAAACACUAAACUAUUCUAAUUUUAACUGUUUAUCAUAAGUAAAUAAGACUAUUUAAAUUUAACUCCUUUCAUAUUAAGGUGCCAAGUCAGAUUUCAGACGAAGAGAAAGUACAUAGUAAUUCUUUGUUCAUCACAGCUUGUGACCAUGUUUGUGGAACAAAAAUUUAUUUUUACCUUCUAUCUCCUGGUUCAUAUUUUCAAUCAUGUUCAUGGCGGAACAGAAAAAAGAAUAAUUCAUGAGUCUCACUGUACGACAUGGACAUGCAUUGUAACUACUCCAACUUCCGGAACCCUGUAUGUUAUGCCUGGUGUUCUGUUCAGAUGCUAAUCACGAAAUUGUUCCCGUUUUAAUUGAACCUUAUAAUUUGUCUUUUUUUCUGCCUAUGAAGGCCAAAUAUUGACCGACGGGAAAAAGGCUUUGUACCAUUGCAAUUAUUGCAAUAAAGACAUAUCUGGAAGGAUUCGAAUUAAAUGUGUUGUGUGCUCUGACUUUGAUCUUUGUGUGGAAUGCUUUUCUGUUGGAGCAGAAGUGCAGCCUCACAAAAGCAAUCAUCAUUAUAGGGUUAUGUGUUCCUAAAUGGGGACAAGGUUCUUAUGAAGCUGUUGCUCAUGGGUGAAAUGCCAGCUUACAAUUAUGCUUAAUUACAAAUGACGGGAUUAGUGGGUGGUCAUAUGUUAGAUGGAUAUUCACUUCCUGUCUUAGCUGAUCAAUGAUCUUAACUAAAGCAAUUUUUCUCACACGUUUACGUUUGACGGAGGAGCUCUGGACUCUUUUAUGCUGUUUACUUUAUUUAGUUAUGUUCUCACCCUUCUUAUAACUUCUUACUUUUUAUUGAAAUAUAUUUCUGGGAUAUGUCUUCAAGGAUUUUCUAUGAACAGGAUAACCUGUCAUUUCCUCUUAUAUGUGCUGACUGGAAUGCAGAUGAGGAAAUGUUACUUCUAGAGGGUAUGGAAAUGUACGGAUUGGCAAACUGGGCUGAAGUUGCCGAACAUGUUGGAACAAAGAGUAAAUUGCAGUGUAUCGACCACUAUAAGUCCAUAUAUAUUAAUUCUCCUUGUUUUCCGCUUCCGGACAUGUCUCAUGUUAUGGGAAAGAACAGAGAGGAACUUCUUGCCAUGGCCAAGGAGCAAGGAUAUGCUGCUCCCGGAGGAGUUAAUGUCAAAGAAGAGUCUCCAUUCUCUGCAAGAAUCAAGAUGGAAGAUCAACGGGAAGAAAAUUCAGCUGGACUUGCCUCAGUUGGAGGUUCUGCUUCCGGUACAUUAACAGGAGCUGGAAAGAGGACAUCUGGCAUACUUCAUAGUAAGGAGAAUCAUGAUAGCAUCAAAGUGGAAGGUGGUCUUGCAGACAGGAGUGUCGGAGAGAAAAAGCCUAGGACUUCAGUGGAUGAGGGCCCUUCUAUGACAGAAUUGAGUGGUUAUAAUACCAAGAGAGAGGAGUUUGAAAUUGAAUAUGAUAAUGAUGCUGAGCAGAUGCUGGCUGAUAUGGAAUUUAAAGAGACAGAUAGCAAUGCUGAACGUGAACUGAAACUUCGGGUAUUGCGUAUAUACUCUAAAAGGCUGGAUGAGAGGAAACGUAGGAAGGAUUUUAUUUUGGAAAGAAAUCUACUUCAUCCUGACCCUUUUGAGAAAGACCUCACCCCAGAGGAGAAGGACAUGUGCCGUUCCUACAGGGUGUUCAUGCGUUUUAAUUCAAAAGAGGAGCAUGAGGAAUUCCUGAGGAGCAUCAUUGAGGAGCACCGGAUGGUAAAACGAAUACAAGAUCUUCAGGAUGCCCGAGCUGCUGGUUGCCGAACUUCAGCUGAGGCAGAAAGAUAUGUUGAACAAAAGAGAAAGCGAGAAUCUGAAGAAAAUGUACGUAGACUAAAGGAGAACCCCCAGAGUGGUCCAAGUGGCAAAUAUUUGCAACGAGCAGGUCACCUUAAAGUGGAGCAUGACAGCAGCCCCAGAGGGGUUCCUAGAGGCCCUGAAAUGCUGGAUUCCCUUAGCAAGGACUUAUCAUCAACCACUGCACCACAUGGUGUUGGAAGUGCUUUAGACAUUUGGGAUGUCAGUGGCUUUUCAGGGGCUGAGUUACUCUCAGAAGCUGAAAAACAGCUUUGUGAUGAGAUCAGAAUCCUGCCGACUCAUUAUCUAAACAUGUUGCAAACCAUGUCUAUGGGGGUCUUAAGUGGCAACAUCACCAAGAAAUCUGAUGCGCAUGGUCUAUUCAAUGUUGAUCCGAAUAAGGUGGACAAAGUGUAUGAGAUGCUUGUUAAAAAGGGCCUCACUCAAGCAUAGUAUUGCUAUUUUGCAGGUUCAAGCACUUUCACUACUUUGCACCAAAGUGGCAGUGGUUUAAAAUGGAUGGCCUGUUUGCUUGAAUUCUUCCAAAUUAUCUAAAGCUAAACGUUAGAAUGAAGGUUGCUGUUCAAUGGUAUCAUGUACUUCCAAAUGGGAGGAAAAGACGUGCAGUGGAUAUCCAUUAUAAUGAUACCCAUUGUAGAUAUGUGGUUGUAACACAAGCUUUUCAGAGCUUUCCCAUAGCAUUGUAAUUAUUAUGGCUUUGGAAGUUAUCUGUCCGGAAGAAAGUAGUGUGUUGGAGAUGUAUGCUAUUGUCUGAGGCAUGUGUAUACAUGAGUUUAAUACAUAUGAAUAGAUUAAGAAUAAUAUGCUGGUUAAAAGCUAGUUUUGACAAAUGUUUCCUUUGUUAUUUUUCCCCUCUUAACAGGGAAGUUGGAUUGAGCAUC